AUGCCCGUUCGCCCACAUCUCACCUUCCAAGCUCUUGACUCAUUUCUCCACAUCCGUAUUCGCCGUCAACCCCUCCACCGUCUACAUUUUACAACCACAGCAAACUAUAACCAAAAAGCCAUGUCUCACGAGCAAGAAUCUGACGCUCACAAGCGUCCAAAGAAGCUCAUCUUUGCACCAGGUGAUAUCGCACCAAUAGAGGCUACAGCUACAGCUACAGAAUCCCAGUCUACCAUUCCAAGCCUAGCAACCAUCCGCUCAGAAGCCUCAACACCAGACUCAACAACCGAAAAGACAAUACUCUCAAACCCCUCCCAAGCCCACCAAUUCGUGAGCAACCCACCCUUAACAAUCUCUCAAAUGCACGGCACGAGCCCACUCCACCAAUUCCACACUUGGUUCCGCGACCCACGCCUCUCACCGAGCUCCGCCCCAGAAACAUGCACGCUAGCCACGGCCGAAAUGCCCUCUGGCCGCAUCAGCGCGCGAGUAGUAUACCUUAAGGAAUUGGAUGAGCGGGGCUGGGUGGUAUACAGUAACUGGGGCAGUAGGGAGGGGAAAGGCGGACAAGUCUUCGGAACCGAAGGCACAAAACCCGAUACACUACCCUCUAUGCCAGAACCCGGCGAUGCAGCGAGCACCAGCACAGGCAACAAAUGGGGAGCAUUAACAUUCCUCUUCUCAUCUCUAGAGCGUCAAGUCCGCAUAGAAGGCCUCCUCGAGCCAUUGAGCCGGGAAGAGAGCGAGUUAUACUGGAAUACACGUGAGCGUGGGAGUCAGAUUGGCGGGUGGGCUAGUUGGCAGAGUAAAGUGCUUUGGUCCUCUGAGCCUGCGGCGCUGGCUGAGAAUCAGCGACGGAAGAGUGUGUCGAGGCUGCAGGCUGGUGGUGGUGGGGAGGUGCCGGCUGAUAUUGAUACUACUGAUAUCGAUGAUGGGCGUAGAUUGCUGGAGGAGAGGGUUCGGGAGAUGGAGAAGAGGUUUGAGGGUGUUGAGAAGAUUCCUCUGCCGCCGUUUUGGGGUGGUGUUAGGCUUGUGCCUGAGUCUGUUGAGUUUUGGCAGGGAAGGAAAAGUCGUUUGCAUGAUCGGUUUAGGUAUGUUCGUGUUGAGGGGGAGGAUGGUACUACGUUGUGGAGGGUGCAGCGGCUUUCUCCAUAG